UGAGGUGUCUGAGAGCAGGCAGUUCCCAGAGCGACUGUUUGCUGUCAUGUUGAAAUGCAUCUGAGAUUGACAAAGUUCCCUCCGCUCCAGGAGCGUUACACAACCCCCAGCCUUAUAAAUCCAGGAUUUCCCUCUUCUCUACCUCCCUACAGCCCUUCUGGGGGUGGAACGCCCACCUACAUUCAGCCAUGAGGAUCCUUCAGCUGCUCUUUACCAUCGUUGUCAUUCUCCUCCUCCAGGAUGCACCUGCAAGAGGUUUUUCGGACAGCCAGCUGUGCAGGAACAACCACGGCCACUGCCGGAGGCUCUGCUUCCACAUGGAGAGCUGGGCUGGAAGCUGCCUGAACGGCCGCCUGCGCUGCUGCAGAGCCUCCACCAAGCAGCCCUUUUCCAACCCUAAACUUUCAGUGCUGCACACAGAAGAGCAGGACCCUUCCCCAAGCCUGGGAGGGACGUGA